AUGAUCAGGUUGCCGCUUCAGCCGCACCAGCUCCGACAACUGGCGGGGGCAUGUGUGCUCGCAGCGGUCACGUGGCCCUUGGUCCUCAGGAGCCCGACCCAGAAGCAGAGACAAGGAUUGGACACUAUGUUGUCGAGAACGGUGAGAGGUGACCAGUGGCGGUCCAGGGCCAGGCCGCUGCAGCAGCUCCUCCUGGUUGGCCACACUGCCGACUUUUCGCUGCGCUUGCUGGACAGAAUCUGGACGCUGAUGGACGCGAGAAUCCGGCGACGCGGAGCCGCGUACGUCGAGGACGCUUUCAAGCAGUUCUGGAUGAAGGACAAAAGGACCGCCGGGGUCAUGCAGGCCGUGGAUGCGGCGAUGGGAAAGCUAUGCUUUCUAAUGAUGUUGGACGACCAGGACCAUGUAAUCUGGAAAGCCCCUCCAGAGGCAGAUGGGGCCGAGAUCUCCCUGACCAGCCCCAAAGACGCCAGGGACUACCUCAUUCGUGAAGUAUGGCGAAAGAGGCUGUGGACAACAUUCCUCGGCAGCCGCACGCGGCGGGACAGCGCUGCCGGACGGCACGCGCAGGCGCCUUAUUGUCCACGGGCUAUCCGUGCGGCGCUGGGGCUGACGAAGGCGUCAGAACACGAGAUCGCGAUCCUCACGGGCGCGUUCUUCAGCAAUGCGAGACUGGCUAAGAUCAAGGGGCUUCCGGUACCCAAGUGCUUCGGCUGCGACUUGGACGAGGACGACGAUGCAGCGCACACCUUCUGGAGAUGCCCGAGGCUUGCGCAUUGGAGGAGGUUCGUGGCGAUCCCGCCGAACCCUGAGUGGCCGGUCUGGCCAACCAGGCUGCUCCGCAGCAAGAAGGAGGUGGAGGAGUUCAAACAGCGGAUCCACUACAUGGCCAGCGUCCGGCAAUGCAUCCUGCAUCAGAGACAUCGCCGCACGGACGCCGAGGGAGAGCAGGCAAAGAGCCCCAGGAGGACGAAAACCGCCACCGCUGAGGUGGAGAAAGAGAGAAUGAGGAGGAAGAGGAAGGGGACAGUGAGGAGGCUGAGGAGGUGGCCAGAAAGGCGAGGAAGAGAAGAAGGAGACAGAAAGCUAAGGAGGGUGAGGAGGUCGAGGAGGUGGAGAUGCAUCGCAAUUAGUGGAGGAAGAGAGGAGGUGGAGGUGGGAGAGAAGGCUGAGGAGGAUCAGACCAGGAGCAGAAGGCAGCAGUGUAGCAUUGGGAAGGUCGUUCAUCUCGCGAGCCCUCCGCAGGUUCGCCGCCGUCUCUGA